AUGAGUAUGACGGUUGAUAAUCCGAAAGGGGUUGAUGAAGAGGCAAUCUCUCCAAAGCAUUCUAACGAAGGCGAUCGGACCGGGCUAACUUUCACGCCCUAUUUUACCACGUCCGGCGUUCAUCCCUACGAUUUGUUGGAGUGGGAACGCCGCGAUGCCGUCAUCUACAAUGAAAAGGGUGAUGUCAUCUUUAAACAGGAGCAGGUUGAAGUACCGGCAAGCUGGACGCAGCUCGCGACAGAUAUUGCGUCGUCGAAAUAUUUCCGAAAAGCUGGAGUCCCCGGUGCAGAAUCGGAGGACAGUGCUCGUCAAUUGGUUACCCGCGUGGCGCGCACGCUCCGUCGCGCAGGCGAAGAACUCGGGGGGUAUUUUGCUACCCCUGAAGACGCAGAAACGUUUGAGAUGGAAUUGACGCAUAUCCUCGUUACACAACGGGGUGCUUUCAAUUCGCCUGUUUGGUUUAACUGCGGCUUGUGGCAUGAAUAUAAUAUCGAGGGGGGCGGCGGCAACUACUAUUGGGACCGAGACGCACAGGAAGUCAAGGUCACUACCAAUGCGUAUGAACACCCGCAAAAUUCCGCCUGCUUCAUUCAAAGCGUUGACGAUUCUCUGGACUCUAUGUUGGAGCUCCAGAGAUCUGAAGUGCGUCUCUUUAAAUACGGCAGUGGCACAGGCUCCAACUUCAGCAAAGUUCGCGCGAAGGGUGAACUCCUCUCCGGCGGUGGCGAGAGUUCGGGGGUACUGUCAUUCCUUGAAGGCUUCGAUCGAUGGGCAGGCAGUAUCAAAUCUGGUGGCACCACAAGACGCGCAGCCAAAAUGGUUAUCCUCGACAUGGAUCACCCAGAGAUUGCUGACUAUAUUGACUGGAAACUCAGGGAAGAGAAUAAAGCAAAGGCACUCAUCGCCGCAGGAUAUCCAGCCGAUUUCAAUGGCGAGGCAUACAGCACUGUCAGCGGACAGAACAGCAACAACUCCGUCCGGAUUCCAGAUGAUUUCAUGAAUGCCUACUUACAGGGCGAUUCAUGGAAAACUACGUACCGGACAAGUGGUGAAGUUGCCGACGAAUAUGAUGCCAGAACACUCAUGGAGAAGAUCGCCUAUGCCGCUUGGGCAUGCGCAGAUCCGGGUGUCCAGUUUGACAGCACGAUUCAGAAAUGGCAUACAUGUAAAAACACGGGCAGGAUUAACGCAAGUAAUCCGUGCAGUGAAUACCUCUUCUUAGACGAUUCUGCCUGCAACCUCGCCAGCAUUAACCUUGCCAAAUUCUUGAGAGAUGAUAAUACCUUUGACAUUGAGGGUUUCCGCGCCACUGUUCGUGUGUUCGCCACUGCGAUGGAAAUCAUAGUAGAUCUCUCUUCAUACCCAACUGAAGGUAUAGCACAGCGUUCUCAUGAAUAUCGUCCCCUCGGACUCGGUUAUGCUAACUUGGGUGCACUCUUGAUGCGUUUAGGUAUUCCUUACGACAGUGACCAAGCCUAUGCCUACGCAGGUGCCAUUACUGCUAUCCUGAGUGGUAAGGGGUAUCAAACAAGUGCAGAGAUUGCUGGGAGUAUUGGUCCUUUUGCUGGGUACGUGAAGAAUAGCGACACUAUGUUAGACGUUAUGCGGAUGCACCGCGAUGCCGCCUACAGUAUCGAUUCGAUAGCAUGCCCACCCGACCUUUUAGAGGCUGCAAAAGCGGAUUGGGAUGUCUGUCUUGAAAAGGGAGAACGUUGGGGUUAUCGGAAUUCCCAAAUUAGUGUUAUCGCUCCGACGGGAACUAUCUCUUUCCUGAUGGAUUGUGAUACGACAGGGAUUGAACCGGAGUUCGCUCUCGUCAAAUUCAAGAAGUUGGCAGGCGGCGGGUACAUGAAAAUUGUCAACCAGAGCGUUCGCGAUGCCUUGUACAACUUAGAUUAUACACUUCAGCAAACUGAAGCUAUUAUUAAGUAUCUCAUCGGAACAGGCACUUUUGAAGGGACACCGCAUAUCAAUGCCGAUACAUUGAAGCGGAAAGGCUUCACACAGAAAGAUAUCGCCCACGUUGCGGAGAUGUUACCGAGUGCGUUCGACCUAAAUCUUGCCUUUGCCCCGGGCUUUCUUGGAGAAGAGUGUCUUAAACGGUUAGGUAUAACCGAAGAAGCAGCAGCAGAUCCCAGUUUUAACCUCCUCCCUGCAAUUGGAUUUAGUGAAGAUGAAAUUAGUAUUGCUGAAGAAGUCAUCUGUGGUACAGGCACGAUUGAGGGCGCGCCACAUCUCUCACCGACGCACUACCCCGUUUUCGAUUGUGCCGUCCAGUGUGGUAAGCACGGAACUCGUUAUAUAAAUCACAUGGGACCGUUGAAAAUGAUGGCGGCUGUGCAACCCUUUAUCUCUGGUGCUAUCUCCAAGACCGUCAACGUCCCGCGCGACGCAACGGUAGAUGACAUCAAGACGUUAUACAUGGAAGCGUGGCGACGCGGUGUCAAAUGUCUCGCCGUUUAUCGUGAUGGUAGCAAAGGUAGCCAACCGCUUUCAACCCGAAGCCAACAGGAUGCGGAGAGUGAAACCGAUAAGGCUAUUGCUGAUGCUCUCACUGAGCGUCCCAUCAGGAAACGUCUCUCAGACACGCGUCUUCUCUUACGCACAAAUUUAGCGUUGGUGGUCAUGAAGGCUACAUCCAUGUUGGGUUUUAUGAAGAUGGUAACCCUGGAGAAGUCUUCCUCCGCAUGA